AUGGCGACUCGGUUUGGUAAAAAGACCAAGAAAUGCAAACAAUGCAAAGGAGAUAUUUGCAUUCAUGAAACUUCGAAACAAAAGGAAUCUCUGCCAUUCGGACCCAGCAUAGCAGAGCAAUGCAUGGACAUUUUGGACAAACUACUGAAGGACAAAGAAGGAACCCCGGAAGAUAUUCUGAAACUGGCAACACAAGAUCAGCUGUUUCAGAUCGGGAUGGAUCCUCUUUGUCUCGUGGCUGCAAUGGGCAACGUCGACGUGAUGCGUCGAUUUCUGGACGCAGGUUCAAAUGUGAAUGUGAGGUCAUCAGCGGAUGCCAGUACCCCACUGAUGUUGGCUGCUCAAAAUCGACACACAGAGAUGGCCGAGCUCCUUCUCAAACACGGUGCUGACGUCACGGCGGUCAACAUGGAAAAGAACAAUUCCUUUUGCAUAGCUGUGAGGACUGGAGACGCCAAGCUUGUGAACGCUCUUUGGCCUUACCGCGGGAGCCUGGACAUCAAUCACGCCAACUCAGAGGGUCAAACUGCCCUUCACUUUGCUGCCGAAAAGUUGUGGGAAGCUUGUGUCGGCUUCCUACUGACUAACGGAGCACAGAUCAAUAGACAGAACAAUGAAGGGUUGACACCACUGAUGAUCGCCGCAAUGAAAGGCGAUGCCAAAACUGUAGAAAAAUUCCUGUCAUUAGGUGCCGACUACCUCUUAGAAGAUUAUGCUGGAAUGACGGCAGUUUGCUGGGCUUUCGACUCCCAGAAAUUUGAUUCGUUCAAUUUGAUACUCAGCAAGAUGUCACCCAAGGAUAAAGAACAGUUUAUCAAGAGUCGCACAGAAAGGAUGAAAACUCCUUCUUGUGAACACGACAUUGAGAACGAAAUGGCUUUUUACGAGGACAUACUAAUUCCGAUGUUCAAACGCCUUGCCACUAUGAAGGAGUUCCGCGACGCCAUUUUAAAACAAAAGUUCAUUCCAAGUGCAGUGGCCGUGUUUACCAAGCUAAUGAAACAACCUGUAUGUAUAACCGGUAUUUGCUUUGUCGUCUCGCUCUCUAUGACUAAACAUGCUGUCGUUGUUGACGAGGCCGUUGUAAUACAGUUCAUCCGCUGUCGUGGACCGGAAUUCCUCAUCAAGGCGCUAAAGUGCUACGCUGAUACUCCAAGAACCGAACCCGAAACACUGGUAGCGUGUUUCUUCCCGCUAGCCUGCAUGGGUCAAACAUCAGAUGGAAAGGAAUGGCUGGAGAAGAACAGCACUAAGGUUAUACAACAUACAGAUGUCAAACCACAUUAUAACAAUUCAAAGAGUGCUGCAGAGAGUUUUGGUGACAAAGGAGUCGCAAUUUGGACCAAUUUCUGGGAGUAUUUUGAAAAGAUGACCCAGUACCAAAUGGAUAGAAAAAUGGCGGAGCUUCUCGAGGAAGAGGAACACGAGAAAAUGAUGAAAACAAAGAAAAGAGAAAAGAAAAUACAAAAGAGGCAGACCAAACGGCAGCAACGGAAAGGAGUACAGACUGCCGUUACAAAGCCAAGUGAAGAGAGUACGCCGACCACAAACUGCCACUCUGAAGGAAAAACAACAGUAGGUAGUACGGAUGCGGGUAACGACAUAGAAGUGUCUACCAAACCACAGGUUGCAUGCAAAGACAUAAGAAACAUGAAAGACAACCGGACGAAAGAUGACGUCGUCAUUAUUUCCAAGAAACCCGAUGUUCCAGUAAAGCAGACGAAUCAUGACGUCAUUACGAUCUCCAAGAAACCCCCCAUGCCAUCAAAAAAUAUACCGGAUGACGUUAUCAUCAUUUCUAAGCGACCACCUGUUCAAUUCAAGAGCGAGAAGGAAACAAAUAAGAGGGAAUUAGGAGAUAUAACUUUUGGAAAUUUACCAAAUAGUGAAAACAAAGAUGGCGGGUCGUUUCCUUCGGAAAUGGAGACGAUGGCCCCAGCAGGUGCAGCGGAACAGUGUCUGUAUAAUUUCUAUGAUGCAUGCAACGAAAAUCAGUGGGUAACCGUGCAAGGAAAGAAGGAACGAGCAAAGACAAACAAAAGCAUUGAAGGUGCUCUCGAGUCUAUGUCUGGUCUCGAUCAAAAAUUGGAGUCGGAAACAAACCACCACAUUGACGAAAUGAAAAAGGAUGACAUAAAGAAGCGUCCAAACCAGCGUCAAAGACGUGGAAAUAAAGCAAACAAUGUUCCUAGAUGGGCCGACAUGGUUAAAGGCAACGGAAUCACUGAGACGGAACAAGAACAAGCUAGGCAAGUGCAAAAGACGUAUGCCGACAAAGUUGUAGGGAAGGCGUACGAGGAGAACUUUCCUGCUCUAGGUGGAGUUUCACACGUCAGAGAAGAACAGUGUAAUUGCGAACAACAAUUGCCACCAGAGCAACCGGACCCCCAGCAACGUGUGUGCAAUUUUAUUGCUGCUGUCGAAAGUACUACAACAGACAGUGAAGAUGUUCGCUCAGAUCUCACGUCAACUGAAAGUGUCGCGGAUGGAGACUGUGGCAGGACAACACCAUCUUCCGGAUACUUCGACAACAAGGCUGCAGCGGAUUGUUGUUCAUCAAUUCACAGUGGCGAAAUCUAUAUUUCACCGGCAAAAGAGGAUCGCUCGGAUUGUGGAUGGGAAGCCUGCGCACAACAGAAAGAUGUGACUGAUACAGAGAUCGCAUGCGAACGAACUACUAAACUGUUUGACAUUGCAGCUAGCGUCUUGUUUGAAAAGAAAGGACCAGAUGCUAAAGAACCACAUCCAAACAAUUCGAAGGAGAGAGACUUCCUUGGUUUACCUAAAAGAAGCGAAGAGCAUAAUUUCGAGUUUCUAUCGUCCGCCAAAACAUUGACACCAAAUGAAUGGGUUUUUGAGGAAGUAACGCAGAGUCAUGAACAACCAAAUGUAGCCGAACAGAAUGCUGAAAAUUUUGAGAAAGGAAAAGGAGAUGCUAGAGAAGAAUACUUUCCGGAGCUGGAGAAACGAGGGUUUUCCGAUGCCGUGCAGGACUGGCUGAAGAAUUCGUGUACACCAUUCAAUUCAGAGGCCAAGACAAACAAAGUCCUUUCAAAUAAUCCGCAGAAAACUCCAACCAUGAUGUUGAAGCAGAUUCAGGAGCUCCAGCAGAUACAACAUACAAAGAUGCCAGAAGGUAGGCGAGAGCAGGUGACGGUGAAUCAACUUCCAUUGAAACCACAAGAAACUAAGCACAUCAUUGCAGACAGUAAGCACAACAUUGCAGUUAUACAACCGAUAGGUCACGGGUCCAAUAGGAAACGGACUACAGAAGUCUCCAACAGUCACGUUAAGGAAACAGAUAAAACUGAUCAACGCAAUCUUUCGUUUGGAGAUUAUCUACUGAGAAAUGUGUCAACAAUUCCUACAGAACACGACUCCACGUGGCUUCCUCCUUCAGACUUGGCAGAUGAUAGUUCAGAGAAACAAGAUAACUACAGCAUCAACGCUAGUGAUCAGAACAAUGAUCUACCGUUUUUCCCUGGUUUCCAUGACGACACUAAACCGUCAUCUCCAGGUUUAUCUUCGCAGUUGAACAUGGAAUUGCUCCUCCAAUUGCAGCUCCUCAACUAUUACCAAGUCCAUGGCAAGGAGCAGGGAAUUAAAGGUUCUGUUUAUGGCCACGACUUUUCCUAUUAUUGUUCUGCAAUGGGUAUUUCCGAAGAGAAGAUUAAAUCAAUGGACAGUUUGAUGCCAGCAAGUGUUGCCAACGCAUGUGUUACACAACAGGUACAACCGGAUACCCUCCCUACUAUACCAGUAAAUGGCCAAGUACUGUCACGGAAGAACGCCGAUAUCGACCAUGAUCCUGCGAUAAUACUAACACUGGGUGAGAGAACACGCAACAAACAAACCAACAUACCUCAACAAGCCAUGGACAUAAUAGAGGAUACAAGCUUAACAAGAACGAACAUAUCCGGUGAGAAUACUAAUAUUGAACAUCAGAGGACUGUAUUCCAUGAAGAAAGAGAAAAGCGAUUCGCCAAAAUUGACACCAUCAAAUGGACACAGAAGAGUAAACGAUGGAAAGAUCAGAUAUCUGAGAUAUCGAAAAUGCCUUCGAUCUUUCUGAGACAGAUUGGAGAUAUUAUCAUUCCUAGGGAACACAUGGAGCGGUAUACCAUUCCUUACUCAGACGGACGGGCGGUACUUGGACUCCUGGUGGACGGCACGGAGGUGGCAGUGCACGUCAUUGAGUUGUCUUGUCGACCAAUCACAGAGGCCGUUCUAGAGAAACUGACGUCACACGAUAUCUCUCAUUAUUUUCUUGUGAAAUAUCGGGCCUUCAGUAUUGAGGCGAAUAUGUGCUUUUUGGCGAUGGACCUUCAUGAGUACAACCUCUCCGAGUACUUAGCCCUGAAACAGAUUGACAUCAACCAUGACCCAUUGACUAUCAACAAGAUGGCAUGGCAGAUACUGAAGGGCAUGGCGUCUCUACACGACAGCUGUGACGUAAUACACGAAAACAUCAUGCCUAGUAACGUUUUGGUUGAUGUAGAAGAGAAGCUGCGUUUGAGCGAGUACUCUCUGCCACCUCCCCUCGGUGGCAAUGUUCGCACUCUGAUCCCAACUUCCCCGAUGCCAGCCGACAGGUACUGCUGGAUGCCGACAGAGAUCGUGACGGAAUCUGGAACCUACAACAAACAGUCAGACAUCCAGGUAACAGGAAUGUUAUUGUACUACGUACUGACCGGGGGGGAACACCCAUACGGAGAUAACAACCUUGCAAUACAAGUCAGCAUCCAGCAAAACUGGCCGGAUAUCAAGUACCUCGGCGACGAAGUCAACGAUUUGCUGUCCAACAUGUUAUGUAUGCCACCUGAUAACAGACCAUGUAUAGGCGAUCUACUGAAGCAUCCGUACUUCUGGGCUGACGAGAAGCGACUUCGAUUUGUCCUUAUCGCUGGUUCGGACGUCCUCCGGGACAUGAAGCUGGGAGUGCCAACUUUUGGAGGGACAGGGGGGACUAUGAUCGACAUUAUCAAUGCAGUUGGUUGUGACACUUUCGCUAACGAUUGGAUGUCACGGGUUGAUCCAGUCAUUAUGAAGGAGAUGAGGUCAUUCCGUCAAUACAAAAACACUCUAGUGGAAUUGGUACUCUUUGUUUACAACUGCUGUCUUCACUUCGAAAAAAUGUCUGAAGAAGCAAGAAACGUACUAGACGAACCCUGCAAAUACUUCUUGUCCAAAUUCCCAACUCUCUUCAUGUCCGUGUUCAGCGCCAUUAAGGGGUCUGACCGAUCCCAAAAGAUCUGCUACAAACCAUUUUUCUGAAAAUAUUCUCAUCCUUUAUCAUACGGAAGAAAACGUCAUGGGAAUGUUAUUCAUAAACAGAUAUCUUUA